AUGGAAUAUCUUGAAGACAAUAAGAUGUCACGAAAUAAUAGAUACUCGGCCAAUCUUAAAAAGACGGAAAAUAGAUGGAACUGGAACCACAAAGCAACGUCAGAGCGUAUCACGCUACAAGGCUCAAGUCUUCUGAGGAGAAAAGUAUUCAAAUCCAAUCUUCUAAUACCAAUAGACCACUGGCAUGAUACAAAAUGUACCACACUUCAGAAAUCUGCUCAAAUAAAGAUAACUGAAAUAAAGCUUAACUGGAAAUGCUGGGGAGUCACCAAGCUUAGUACCACGAGAAACGCAAGUUUACACAACCAACACCUCAUGACGAUUUUGAAAGAAAACAUGUUCAUCAUGCAAGGAUAA